AUGGAGGGAAGCCCAUCUCUGAGGCGCAAGACGGUGAUGCGGGAGAAGGGCCGGCGCCAGGCAGUCCGGGGCCCGGCUUUCAUGUUUAAUGACCGGGGCACGAGCCUUACCGCCGAGGAGGAGCGCUUUCUGGACGCUGCGGAGUAUGGCAACAUCCCUGUGGUGCGCAAGAUGCUGGAGGAGUCCAAGACGCUGAACGUCAACUGUGUGGACUACAUGGGCCAGAACGCGCUGCAGCUGGCCGUGGGCAACGAGCACCUGGAGGUGACGGAGCUGCUGCUCAAGAAGGAGAACCUGGCGCGAAUCGGCGAUGCCCUGCUGCUUGCCAUCAGCAAGGGCUACGUGCGCAUCGUGGAAGCCAUCCUGAACCACCCCGGCUUCGCGGCCAGCAAGCGCCUGACCCUGAGUCCCUGUGAGCAGGAGCUCCAGGACGACGACUUCUACGCCUACGACGAGGACGGCACGCGCUUCUCGCCCGACAUCACGCCCAUCAUCCUGGCGGCGCACUGCCAGAAGUACGAGGUGGUGCACAUGCUGCUGAUGAAGGGCGCCAGGAUCGAGCGGCCGCACGACUAUUUCUGCAAGUGCGGAGACUGCAUGGAGAAGCAGAGGCACGACUCUUUCAGCCACUCACGCUCGAGGAUCAAUGCCUACAAGGGGCUGGCAAGCCCCGCGUACCUGUCCUUGUCUAGCGAGGACCCGGUGCUCACCGCCCUGGAGCUCAGCAACGAGCUGGCCAAGCUAGCCAACAUAGAGAAGGAGUUCAAGAAUGACUAUCGGAAGCUCUCCAUGCAAUGCAAAGACUUUGUGGUGGGUGUGUUGGAUCUUUGCCGGGACUCAGAAGAAGUAGAAGCUAUUCUGAAUGGAGAUCUUGAAUCCACAGAGCCUCUAGAGCUACACAGGCAUAAAGCUUCCCUGAGUCGUGUCAAGCUUGCUAUUAAGUAUGAAGUGAAAAAGUUUGUGGCUCACCCCAACUGCCAGCAGCAGCUCUUGACAAUCUGGUACGAGAACCUCUCAGGCCUGAGGGAACAGACCAUAGCUAUCAAGUGUCUGGUUGUGCUGGUUGUGGCCUUGGGCCUCCCAUUUCUCGCCAUUGGCUACUGGAUCGCACCAUGCAGCAGGCUGGGGAAAAUUCUGCGAAGCCCUUUUAUGAAGUUUGUUGCACAUGCUGCUUCUUUCAUCAUCUUCCUGGGCCUGCUUGUGUUCAAUGCCUCAGACAGAUUCGAAGGCAUCACCACACUGCCCAAUAUCACUGUUAUUGACUAUCCCAAGCAGAUCUUCAGGGUGAAAACCACCCAGUUCACGUGGACAGAGAUGCUAAUUAUGGUCUGGGUUCUCGGAAUGAUGUGGUCUGAGUGUAAGGAGCUCUGGCUGGAAGGACCUAGGGAAUAUAUUUUGCAGUUGUGGAAUGUGCUGGACUUCGGGAUGCUCUCCAUCUUCAUUGCUGCUUUCACGGCCAGAUUCCUAGCUUUCCUUCAGGCAACAAAAGCACAGCAGUAUGUGGACAGUUAUGUCCAAGAGAGCGACCUCAGUGAAGUUACACUUCCACCGGAGAUCCAGUAUUUCACUUACGCCAGAGAUAAAUGGCUCCCUUCUGACCCUCAGAUCAUAUCUGAAGGCCUAUAUGCUAUAGCUGUUGUGCUCAGCUUCUCUCGGAUUGCGUAUAUCCUUCCUGCAAAUGAGAGCUUUGGCCCCUUGCAGAUCUCUCUUGGAAGGACUGUGAAGGACAUUUUCAAGUUCAUGGUCCUCUUUAUUAUGGUGUUUCUUGCCUUUAUGAUUGGCAUGUUCAUACUGUAUUCUUACUACCUUGGAGCUAAAGUAAAUGCUGCUUUUACCACUGUAGAAGAAAGUUUCAAGACUUUGUUUUGGUCGAUAUUUGGAUUGUCUGAAGUCACUUCCGUUGUGCUCAAAUACGAUCACAAAUUCAUAGAGAAUAUUGGAUACGUUCUUUAUGGAAUAUACAAUGUAACUAUGGUGGUUGUUUUACUCAACAUGUUAAUUGCUAUGAUUAAUAGCUCAUAUCAAGAAAUUGAGGAUGACAGUGAUGUAGAAUGGAAGUUUGCCCGUUCAAAACUUUGGUUAUCUUAUUUUGAUGAUGGAAAAACAUUACCUCCACCUUUCAGUCUAGUUCCUAGUCCGAAGUCAUUUGUUUAUUUCGUCAUGCGGAUCAUUAACUUUUCCAAAUGCAGGAGGAGCCGGCUGCAGAAGGAUAUAGAAAUGGGAAUGGGUAACUCCAAGUCCAGGUUUACAAAGUGCUUUGCUGUAUACUUGAGCCUCAUGCAACACCGUGAGUUAAACCUCUUCACUCAGUCUAACUCAAGAGUUUUUGAAUCACACAGUUUUAACAGCAUUCUCAACCAACCAACACGUUAUCAGCAGAUAAUGAAAAGACUUAUAAAGCGAUAUGUUCUGAAAGCACAAGUGGACAAAGAAAAUGAUGAAGUUAAUGAAGGUGAAUUAAAAGAAAUCAAGCAAGAUAUCUCCAGCCUUCGUUAUGAACUUUUAGAGGACAAGAGCCAAGCAACUGAGGAAUUAGCCGUUCUGAUUCAUAAACUCAGUGAGAAACUGAAUCCUAGCAUGCCGAGAUGUGAAUGAUUCAGUAACCUGGAAUAAUGGCUUUGACUUAGCACAAAAGUGGGCAAUAAUAUUUCUAAGUAUGAAAUACUUGAAAAACUAUGGUGUAAAUUUUUAGUAUUAACUACCUUUAUCAUGUGAAUCUUUAAAACUUAGGUCUUAAUGAUUUUAUUGUUUUAUCACAUGAAAAUGCUCUUCAUUUUAAUUGUCUGCCUUGACAUUAUAAACAAUGACAUGCCAUUGUAUUUAAAGGCCCAGUAUUAUUCCAUUACUGACACUUUUGUCCACUUUAGAAUAAACUCUAUGUCUUUGCACUA